AUGGGCUCCAUCACCCCCCACCCCACCGACCAAACCCCUCACCCCUACACCCUUUCCAACCCCUUCCACACGCGCAUCCUGGCCGGCGAGAUCACCCCGCUGAUGUCCAUCAAGUUCAUCACUAGCAACGAGAUCCCGAUGAUGUGCAAGAUGGCCGGGGUGCACGGCCUCUUCAUCGACAUGGAGCACUCGGCGCUGGACCUGCACCAGGUGGGCCAGCUGAUCCUGGCCUGCAACUACGCGGGCGUGUCGGCCGUGGUGCGCAGCCCCAGCAAGUCCCACUGGCACAUCAGCCGGAUCCUCGACGCGGGGGCGUCGGCGGUCGUCGUCCCGCACAUCGAGACCCUCGACGAGGUGCAUGCCCUCGUCAAGUACGCCAAGUACGCGCCCCUCGGGGCCCGCGGGUGCACCAACAACCUUCCCGCGUUCAACUUCCAGCAUGUGCCCACCCUGACGCAGAAUGAGGUGCUGAAUCGCGAGACGAUGCUGAUUCCUAUGAUUGAGACGCCGGGGGCGGUGAAGAUCGCUGAGGAGAUCCUGGCGGUCGAGGGGGUGGAUGGUGUGUUGGUCGGGUCGAAUGAUCUGUGUGCCGAUCUGGGGAUCCCCGGCAAGUAUGAUAGUGCCUUGUAUCAGGAUGCGGUCACCAAGGUGCUGCAGGCGGGGAGGAAGGCGGGCAAGCCCGUGGGGAUCGGGGGGAUUGGGGGUCGGUUGGAUAUUCUGGAGAAGUGGUUUCAGUUGGGCGCGUCGUGGUCGUUGAGUGGGCAGGAUGCGUCGAUGUUGCAGGCGGGGUUAAGGCAGAUGGCGAGGAAUUAUGCGGAGAUUGGGGAGAGGGUUGCCAAGUCGACGUGA